AUGGACUGUGAUAUAUCCACAUACCCUCCACACCCAAUACUCCAAACGCCCAAGCUUUGUAUCAGUGGUCUACGCUCACAUACCAUCACUUCCCAGGAGAUCGCCUCUCAGCUGGUUGGCUGUCUCCCAGUGCGAGUUGUCGCGCAUACAGAGCAAGAUGCUAUCGGUAUACCCAUCCACGCCGAUGUACAGUUCAAGCAGCUCUAUUCAGCGGAGAAGGCAUUAACUAUCUACCCCCAAAUCACAUUCCCUGAACAUGAAACCACGCUCGGUCUUCUCCCUUACGAUUCCCAAGACCAAGUUGCGCAUAUACCUCCACCGCCAGCCACUACUCCCCGCUUUUUCAGAAAUCUUCCACAAUCUAUCACGCCUAAUGAGGUUUAUGAUCUGUGUAGGACGUGUGGCCCUCUCUACUCGAUCAAAAUGGUUAAUUCAGGUGUCGCUGUGGUCUGGGCUUGGGAUGAAAGCACUUCUUUGCGCUUGGAGGAGGAUCUCCACUGUACUGAGUAUGAGAACUGCACCAUUUCAGUUACAAAGUAUGAUUCCAGCAAGGAGUCUUCCCAUUUACACCCAAAAGCUGCUGCUUUUGUUCCAAACACGCACUCAAACACAACCACUGGCUUACAUACACCCCAUACACCCUCCUACUUCGGCCACGGCCCAGGUCAGCAGGUGCAAUACACAGGCUCCAACCUUAUAGACCCCUGCAACCUCUUUGUGAAGAAUCUUGACCAUUCCCUCGCGUCUAAUGAUCUCUUCGACGCGUUCAAGUCGUUUGGUCAUAUUGUCUCUGCGAGGGUGAUGCGCGACGAAAACGACCAGUCGCGCGGCUUCGGUUUCGUCAGCUACCAGUCACCCGAAUCUGCCAAGGCGGCCCUGAAUGCCAUGAACGGGGUCGGUGUCAGGACGAAAGCGAUAACAGUACGUUUCCACGAACCUAAACAACUGCGUCAGGAGAAACUGGCUGCGAGGUUUUCUAAAAACGACAGACUGGGUGUGAGCAGUCCUAUCAGUCCAAUACCCAGCGACUACGGGAUGAAUUCUAAUCUAAACUCCCCACCUCUAUCAGCCACGCCGAGCAUGGGUGGUGGUGGUGGUGGUGGUGGUGUUACUGUAAAUGGCAGACGCGGAUCAGGUUCCUAUUUCAAAGCCGCGCUGUCUGCUCAUAUGGCACCAUCGCUGGGUGAAUUCAAGACGAUGACUGCUUCGAUGCGCAGUGAGAUGCUCGGUGGACAUCUGUUGCGAUCACUUCACGAUGUGGGGGUGAGUGAUAUUGAUGUAGUUGAUGCUGUCGACAGAUUGAUAAGCACGUACGGACUGGAUAAUCUCGUCGAAUGUUUGCACAACAGAGACGCUUUGCUGAGGUGCUACAAGGGCACACACGGGGCUCCUGUUGAGGCACACUUGAAUGCUCUCAGAAUCGAUAACAGCGUUGUAGGCAGCUCAACAGAUGUCAUAACACCAGCUUCAGAAGAAUCGGGUCGUCUCAUCAUCGCUGUACAGAACCUUGGCGAACGUGAUUACAAGAAGAUUGGUGAAAUGCUCGGCCAGCUCGGGAAGAAGGAGAGAGCCAUGUGUCUUUUUUCGAAUGAAUACCUCAUACAGAAGGUGAGAGAUGCCAAGGUGCUCGUCGAGGUCGAGUGCGAUAACGAAAAAGAUGCAAAGGAUGAAAAGAAUAAAGAAGGCGGAAACGAUGAGCAAAUGAGGGCUCAAGAUGCGCUCAAAAUGGCAGUUAAUGAGAUGGGAUUGCUCAAUGAGGAUAUUUUCAGACACACACAGGAUUGGUUCGAAGGAUUACAGGGAUUGGAAAGUAAGAAACAGAAGCAAAAAAUAGGAGAGAGGCUGUUUAAGAAGAUCAAGGCGGAGGGAAUUAAGGGGAAUACAGCCAAAAUAACAGUCAAGUUGUUGGACAAUGAGGAUCUCUACAGUAUUUGCAUAUUAACAGAGAUUUAUCCAAGCUAUUUGAACAAGGUAGUCAACUUAUACACUGACAAAAUGUAA